CACUGGUUACAAUAUCAUUCCGCGGCUAACAUUAUAUUAUAUACGUGUGCGCCGCGUCUCACGUCAGUCCGUCUGACGUAGCGUCCUCUGCUCAGCCAUCGCGGUCUCAGCGAACCGUGUGUGCGGCCCGCGCGUGUGUGUUGUCUGUGCGUGUGCGCCGCGUGUGUCUGUGUGUGUGUGAGUGUGUGUGUGCGCAGUGCGCGGGCCCCGCGAGCGUGUGCGUGUGUGCGUGAGCGCGCGCCGCGUAUAAAAUUGCGGACACCGCGGGUCAGUGUGCGCCGGUGCGUGUCAAUCAUAUUCGCAAAUCGCGCGUAUUAUUUCGUUUUCGUUUUGGUUUUUUUUAUUUUUUUUAUUUAAAUCGUUUUCAUUUUUUUUUCACCGAUCUCUUCGAUCAUUUUUCUUUUUUGUUCAUUAUUAUUUUCGUUUCAAAUAUCCUUCCGGCGCAUUUGACAUUAUUCUACAUACUUAUAUCAUCUGAUCUACCCACCACACGAUAUCAUUCUAUUUGUCAAAAAUCAUAACAUCGUUAUCGUGGUCGACAAUGCGUCUGUUGCGACACAAUAUUAUAAUAUUGUAUUUUAGUUCGAUGACGGACAUACCUUGUGAUUUGUGAAUAAAUCGCCACCCGCUGGACCCGAACUAAAGAUUACAUAGAUGAUUUCGUGGAUUAUUAAAUAUUCGAGACUUUCGCAUGGAGAACGGGCAACUGAAAUUUUUAAUAUCCUGUGGAUUUGAGGACGUCAUAGUCGUAGAUUACGCAUUAUAUAAAUCAUACAAUUAGGGAGAGAACGUCAUGCUUAACUGCACCGAUGCCGAGUGCACGUUGCACCACCACCAUAUUCACGUGGAUCCUAUACAGCAUCAUCUACAAGAUGACCGGCAACACCAUGAACAUUCUUCAGUUAUGUCCAGUGAUGCGGCGAACAGUUUAAACGACAUAUAUCCUGGGUUCAUUAACAGCAGCGCAAAUCCAGAAUACUCUUCCGAACAUGUCGAUGUUCCAAACGAAGGAGUAUACAUGGUGUGCGGUGUCCUCAUCGCCAUGGUGCUUGUCGCUGUGAUAAUAGUAAUAUUAGCAGUUACUAUAAGCAAACUUAGGAAGCGCGAGGAAACCGCCGUAGCUGCCGCGGCCACGGCAGCGGCCACAGCCGUCGCCACCGCCAACACUGCGAUCAACAACAACAACAACAACAACAACAAUGUUGACUGUCAGCUGCCCCAUGCCCAGCCCGUCGACGUCGCCGUUGUCACAAACGUAUCAGGUGACGUGGGCGAUGCGCCCGUACCUUUACCGUUCCUCUGGCAGUAUUCUGCCAAAAACGCUGCAGCCAAAAACACCAAUGGGUAUAACUCACCGUACAGGCUGUACAGCUCUGAUCAGGACACAUUGGUGUGCAGUGUACCCAUCGAAGAAACCGCAGAGCACCGCAAGGGACUACGGAAAAACUUGCGAGGCAAGUGGCGAAGACUGGUGCACAAAAAGCAACAGCAACAGGACGCGUACAAAAUACCUGCAGAACUGCGGGACCAGCUCAAACAGAUAUAUGUGUACUGAUUCUAAAAGUUUGUUUUUCCAAGACAAUCCACAAAACCUAUCAAAUUUGCAAUCUAUUAUUACUAUAUUAUUAUUUUUAUUAUAUUUUUUUUUCUAUGAAAGGACAAAACAAUCUUGUAUGUUUUUAUGAAUAACGUACCUAUGUAUAAUAAAUUUUCAUUCCUCUUAGAGAAUUAAGCUUAAUUUGUAUUUGAUUUCACAUACUAAACAAAGGAAAUUGUUGACCCAUUGAAUGUCCCACUUUUUGAUAAAUUAAUGAUUAAAAAAAUACCGUACAACACUA